UCUCAAGUCUCAAUCUUUUGAUCUUCUCUCUCUUCCAGUAUUCUAAUAAUAGUAGCAACUUGAUUCUGUAUCGUUUUGGUAAAAAAGGAAUUGUAUUUAGAUAUACAAACCAAAAUAUAUUUGUAUCAUUAAAAUGCAAAGCAAACCAGAUUAAAACACUGUGAACACAAAGUAUGCUCUUUCUCGUGAUAUUUUGAUUACUGAAGUCAGACAUGGUCAGAGAUUCUGGUGGUGUUCUUCAUCUAUGGAUAAGCUUUAAGUUACAAAGGGAUUAAAAUAAGGGCUUUGGCUAAAGACGAAAUGUGCAAGUGUUAUGUCAGAGUAGAGGGGAAGUUUCUGCAGAAUCUUAGAUGUUAUUUGAUGCUUCUUCUUUUCUAUCUUGUUCACGGAGGCUGGUCUUGACCCACUUUCAACGAGACAAGUUCCAACUAUUACAACAACAAAUGUGUUUCAAUAAGAACGAUAUGAUGGCAAACGAAGUGGGAACCGAGAGACAAGCGUUUGGUUCAUCUGAAGAAGAAGAUGAUGAAUCUCGAGCUGGAAAUGCGAACAAUUUGUUACAGAUCACUCAACAACAACAACAACCGCUAGCUCCUGUUGUUGAUUGGGAGAGGUAUCUCCCAGUUAGAUCGCUUAAGGUUCUUCUUGUGGAGAAUGAUGACUCAACUCGCCAUAUUGUUACCGCCCUCUUGAAGAACUGCAGCUAUGAAGUUACUGCUGUUCCGGAUGUCCUUGAAGCCUGGACAGUCCUAGAAGACGAGAACAGUUGCAUCGACCUUGUCUUAACGGAGGUUGUUAUGCCUGUGAACUCCGGAACCGGUCUGUUGUCGAAGAUUAUGAGCCAUAAGACACUUAAGAACAUCCCUGUCAUAAUGAUGUCAUCUCAUGAUUCCAUGGUUCUGGUGUUCAAGUGUUUGUCGAGUGGUGCUGUUGAUUUCCUCGUGAAACCUAUUAGAAAGAACGAGCUGAAGAAUCUUUGGCAGCAUGUCUGGAGAAGAUGCCACAGCUCUAGCGGCAGCGGGAGUGAGAGUGGGAUACAUGACAAGAAGUCAGUGAAAACUGAAAGCACUGAAGGGUCAGAAGACGAUGAUGCCAUCAUGAGUGAUGAAGAAGAUCAAGGGAAUGAUAAUGGAUUGAGUCACGGAGAUGGUGGGAGCGAUAACGGGAGUGGAACUCAGAGCUCUUGGACCAAAAGAGCCAGUGAUGUUAACAAACUGAAAGAGGUUGAAGAUGAGCAUGGACAAAUAGGCAGGGGAUCGCAGGGAAGACAGUGUAUGAUGAGUAAAGAAGCUGAAGAAGAAGCAAGAAAUCUAGAGAGGGAUGCAAAGUAUUCUGUUCAAGCUUUGGAGAGAAACAGUGAUGACCUGCUGAAUCGCUCUUCUGGUAACUCACAAGUAGAAACCAAAGCACCAUCACUCGAGCUAACUCUGACAAAACCAAGAGAGACUGGAGAUCAGAAAGUCAAUGUUCUGAAGCAGUCAAAUCACUCUGCAUUCUCAAAAUACAAUAACGGUGCUACUUCUGCUAACAAGGCUCCAGAAGAAAAUGUGGGAAGUUGUUCUCCUCAAGACAGUUCCGUUGCCAAAAUAAUUGGUUCCAGUUCAAGCAGUGACAAUCCUUCGAAUCAGCAGUCUAGUGGAAGCGACCGAGCCGCACAAAGAGAGGCUGCUUUGAUGAAGUUUCGUCUUAAACGUAAAGACCGAUGUUUUGAGAAGAAGGUAAGGUACCAUAGCAGGAAGAAACUAGCUGAGCAACGGCCUCGCGUCAAAGGUCAAUUCAUUCGCAAAAGGGAUGAUUCUAAAUCAGGGAAUGAGUGUCCGAGUAGUGACGACAGUUGAAAGAAAAUUGGUGUAGAAGAGAGAGAUUCACUUCGAAAGAAGGUACAACAAAGUGUCUCUUUGGUGGUGGCCUUUUGGAUUCUAUGAUUUAUGUUUUUAAAUUUAUCUUUUUGCCAUCUUGUUUAAUAAUAAGAGUCUGUUAUACUCUAUAAAGAUUAUUUCCACGAUAACAAUAAAUUAAAGGGCAUUCUUU